AUGGAGGUUGCCCCAAAAUCCGCUAAGAACCAAGAAAACAUCAACUCCAAGUUGGCUUUAGUUAUUAAGUCUGGUAAAUAUACCUUGGGUUACAAGUCCGUUGUCAAGUCUUUAAGAACUGGUAAGGCUAAGUUAGUUAUCAUUGCUGGUAACACCCCAGUCUUAAGAAAGUCUGAAUUGGAAUACUACGCUAUGUUAUCCAAGACCCCAGUUUACUACUUCCAAGGUGGUAACAAUGAAUUAGGUACCGUUUGUGGUAAAUUAUUCAGAGUUGGUACUUUAUCUAUCUUAGAUGCUGGUGAUUCUGAUAUCCUUACUUCUCUUGCUUAA